UGAGUGCAAUCAACAUGCGCGUCGCUGCCGAUUCAAUAUGGAGCUGUACAAGUUGUCUGGCAGAGUGUCCGGCGGCGUUUGCCUGAAAUGUCGUCAUUACACCGCCGGAAGACACUGUCACUAUUGCCGCGAAGGAUUUUACAGGGAUCCCAACAGAGCGAUUACGCAUCGCAGAGCAUGUAAACCUUGCGAUUGCCAUCCAAUUGGUGCUUCAGGAAAAACAUGCAAUCAAGCUACCGGACAAUGUCCUUGCAAGGAUGGAGUUGUGGGAAUCACUUGUAAUCGAUGCGCUAAAGGAUAUCAGCAAAGUCGAUCACAUAUUGCUCCAUGCAUAAAAAUUCCUGUAGUUCAGAUGAUGGCUACCGAAGAAGAUAAUGAGGGCUACGACGAUUAUCCGGAUACUUCCAAGCCAGGAGAUACUCCCAGGGUAGUUUACCAUUUUACCCAGUUUAAAUUAAAGAGACUUAACACCAACCACUUCAACAAGCAGCGCAAAUAUUUUAAAUUAAAUCAAUGCGGAAAAUGCAAAGCUGCUACAAGGAGGCUAAACAUGAACAAAUAUUGCAAAAGGGAUUAUGCGAUUAUGGCAAAAGUGUUGUCCCGCAUUGACAACAACGAAGCAGAAUAUACGAAAGGAUGGGUUAGAUUUAUGAUUAACGUCGAAUUUAUCUAUAAAAAAUCGAAAGAGUCCAGAAUUAGACGAGGAACGAUGCCCAUGUUGGUUCCAGCUGCUGAUCUUGCCUGUAAAUGUCCCAAAAUUAAGUCAAAUAGGUCAUACCUAUUCUUAGGAAGAGAACGGGAUGACUCACCUGGUGGCAUAGUUACAGGAAGCUUGGGAGUAACCCAGCGGUCCAUCGUCAUCGAAUGGAAGGACGAAUGGGAUCAACGAAUGCGCCGAUUCCGUCGCAGAGCUCGUAAAUGCAAAUAAGCUGAGGGAAUCACAACAGCAAACUAACGAUCAUAAAUAAUUUAAGUUACAACCUGAGAGUUAUAUCGACUGAAAGUAAGAAAGCUUGAAAUUUUAUAAUAAAAGUUUUGGUUCAUUUGGUCAGAAUAUGAUUAAAAGUUUAAGACAUUUUUUUCUACAUUGUGAAAAGAUCGAAGCAUAAAAAUCAAAAAGGUAAUUAAUGACUUAUACAACCAGCGAAGAAUCAAUGCACCUGUGGCAGAUUUUUUUUUGUUUUUGUGGCAGGUUUUGUUUCUCAAGCUUUUUAAUUCAGUAUUUAAAAGACAAAUUCACAAUCAUUGCAUGUUGCUUGUUCUGUUACAUUCAUGCUUAAUAUUUUUGUUCCAAAAUCUGUGCAGGUUAUUUAGGAAAUUUCAUAUUCAUCUUUAACAAAAAUCAUCUCAAAUAUUUCUACAGUCCUUUUAAAAAUUUUCUUACGAGUCCCAACAUUUCGUUGCAUCAAUAAAAGUUGCAUUUCUUAUGUUCUUUAAAUGUACCCGUUCUUUAAACUUCUGCUCUAUCCUCUUCGAUCUAAGUACAUCUGGUCAUCCAAGUUUCUCUCUCGCUCAUUGCCUUCUGAAUGCCUUCUUAUAUAAUAUUGAAAGAUGAGCGUUUAAGAGGUAUUUUCGCAAUGUCUACUUGGCAAAACUUUCAGCUACCAUUUAAUCAUGAUCAGAAUUGGUUAAUUUAAUAUUGAUUGAGAGAAGUAAUUAGUCCAGAAAGCCACUGCGCACCGCUAGGAAAAAUAUUCCGAUUCGGAUUUUUUGCACAAUCUUACUCAAAAAGGACCCCUUUUAAAAAAUUUGCAUGUUGCCAGGACCAAAAGUGGGUCAAAAAUUUUUUAAACGUUUUUUUUUUUGUUUUUUUUUCCUCAAAUUAUUUUUUUUGCAUGGAACAAAGUUUUUUAGGUUUUUUGGAUCAUUCCAAACAGAAAAGGUCUUUAGUGACUUUUCCCUAAAAAUGAUAGUUUUUGACAUAUAAGCGAUUAAAAAUUGAAAAAUUGCGAAAUCGGCCAUUUUUAACCCUCAAAAUCUAUGUGAAAAACUGAAAAUUUGAAUGUUGCCAAGGUAAGUAGAUAUUCUUUAAACAUCGAUUGAUGAAGUCCCGAAGCGUUUUUUGCAAUACAAUAUUCAAAACUCCUUUGUUUUUUAAUUGCUAAUCAAGCGUGCGCAACACUAUUUUCCACCGUUGCAUGUGUAUACAUAACAGUAUGAUGCAAGUGAAAGGUAUAAAUUCGUUAUUUCGUAAACCGGCGACUUUAAGGAAAAAUCCCGAAACAGGUCGAUUUUUAUUUUUAAGUUAUGAUAUUGUGGCAUAUGGUGUCCUGUAUACUGUCCUGUAAAUUUUUUGGACACCCUGUAUAAAUAAUUAUAAAAAUGUUUAUAUUACUGAAUAGAGAAUUGAAGAACCUUUCAAAUGAGCUAGCACACGAUCCCUAUUCUCAUUUAAAAAAAUCAUCGAUUACGUCAUCACGCCCAGGCGGAUGACGUCACUAGCCAGAUGACCCAGUAUACCAUAUAUGCCAGAAUAUCCUAACUAAAGAUAAAAAUCGACCUGUUUCGGGAAUUUUCCUUAAAGACGCCGGUUUACGAAAUAACGAAUUUAUUCCUUUCAUUUGCACCAUACUGUAUGCACAUGCAACGGUGGAAAGUAGUGUCGCGCACGCUUGAUUAGCAAUUAAAAAACAAAGGAGUUCUGAAUAUUGUAUUGCAAAAUACUCUUCGCGAUUUUAUCAAUCAAUAUUUAAAGAAUAUCUACUUACCUUGGCAACUUUCAAAUUUUUAGCUUUUCACAUAGUUUUUGAGGGUUAAAAAUGGCCGAUUUCGCAAUUUUUCAAUUUUUAGUCGCUUAUAUGUCAAAAACUAUCAACUUUAGAGGAAAGUCAGUAAAAACCUUUUCUAUUUGGAAUGAUCCAAAAAACCUAAAAAAACCUUGUUCCAUACAAAAAAAAAAUAAUUUUAGGAAAAAAACAAAAAAACACGUUUAAAAAAUUUUUGACCCACUUUUAGUCCUGGCAACAUGUAAAUUUGUUAAAGCGGUCCUUUUUGAGUAAGAUUGUGCAAAAAAUCCGAAUCAGAAUAUUUUUCCUAGCGGAUGCGCAGUGGCUUUCUGGACUAAAUUGGAAUAUUUGAUGAAAGGAGAUCCUUUUGUAGGCAGGUCCAUACCUGGAAUUUAGAAUAUAUCAUAAAGCAAACGGUCCUAUUCAGAAUUGUUGGACUUUCUUCAGCAACUGGUGGAGAGUAGCUAUGGCAAAGAUGUGGUUGUGUCUUACAUGUCUAAGCGACAUAUUUCUUCUUCUUAAAGUAUCCUCUCCCCAAUGUAGGUUGGCUAUUAAAAUUACAAACUCCUCUCUGUCUUUAGCUUUUCUUAUUAGCUGUUCAAAAUUUAUCCCUAUCCAUCCAUUGUCAGAUGUUUCUUAGACACGAUAUCUUUUUCCUUCCUAGUUCCCUCUUUCCCUCGAUAUUUCCGUUCACUCUUAGUUGAACAUAUUGGUACUUUAUAUUGUUGAGUAUAUUUGUACUAUUAAAACGUCUUCUUAAAAAAUGUUGGUGAAUGAUUGAUUGAUUGAUUGAUUGAUUGAUUACAAAUAUAUUACAAAUCUUGGUUAAUAUGUAAACUUUUGAAACAAGAUGACCAAAUGAACUAUCAAAACUCACGCUUUUUUACUUUCAGACGCAACAACUUUCGAUACACUUUCAAGCAAACCUUGAAGUUGUUUCUAUUCCUUAAUAAUCUUAACAUGUCAAAAUGUAUAAUUUAGAUGGAAAUAGAAUCUUUUGAUGCUGGUAGGUUAACUGUGAUUUAUUGAUAUUUUUCAGUAUUUUAACGAUUUGAGUUGUGUAUAUCAAUAAGUUUUGUAUUUGAACCCGCAUACAAAUACUUUGCCUUCUUUUUUGAAAAUCGCCUUUUAUUCUAAAUUUUUAGAAUUGUGUUAAUUUGGGUGCAAAAUAUCUAAACGGUCAAUAAUGAAGGUAGUUUUAGAUCGUGUUAAUGGAAUAAGUAACUAAGGUAGAUCUGCUGGUAUGUUAGAAAAAGCUUUAACACAUGUGGUCCAUUGUACUGAAUGUUAAGAUAUCACAAUUUACAAGCCUCAAAAAAGAUCUUAGACAUCAUGAUUGAGUGCUCAAGAUAUUUUUUACAAGUUUCCUUACAAUUUUCUAAAUCUUAAUUUUGCUGAUAAAAUUGCAAUUUAUUUUCUUAUCGUUUUGUAACUAUUUUUGUAAUACUUUUGGUAGUUUAUAAUAGAUAUUUUAAAUGGCAAAAUUUUCUGUUUAUUAAUCAAAUUUAGAUCAAUUAAGUUAGAAUAUAAGUAGAUACAUAGAUAAUUUAUAAUAAUACCAAUCAGAAUAGACAGAUUAAAUAUGCUUUUUCUCAUGAACAUCUUUCAGUGCGUCAGUUUUUCGAUUUCAUUCUAACGCAUUAAAUUGUAUGUGACAGAAAAAAACGCACGUCGGUGAUUACAUUUCAUCGGUGACAUUUAUAACAUUUAUUCUAGUUGUCAAUAGAUGGCGCUAUAAUCGAAAAAAAAUUAUUUACGAAUCAUUUAAUAUAUCUGCGAAUAUAAUCUGUACAAUUUAUAAGACUAUACAAAUCAAAGAAAACACCAUUUUAUAAAUGUAAUAAACACAAUUGAUUUGUUUUUAUGCCAAAUUGCAAAUAAAAUAUGACAACUGUCAGAUUUAACUAAAAUGUCAUGUCACUAAUAUGUAUAUUAUCACGGACUUACCUUUUUUCCUAUCAUUUGUGACGCACUGAAAAUUGCUCAUGAAAAGAAGCAUAUAAAUAUUGCGUGUGUCAUAGGUUUUUUUUAAGAUAGAUUAAACAUUGGGAAAUUUAAACAAGGAUUAACUUUGUUCAAGUAUUCUUUUCACAUUAUUUUUAUAAGAUAUUGUAAGACUGAGAUGCUGCAAAUAAAUAUAUGUAGAAAGAUCUUAAUUUUUUGCAAACGAUGCGUUAAUUUUAACUUUGAUUUAGGUUUUGCUCGAAUAGCAAGAGAACACCCAGUAGGUAGGUACUAAUAAGAGACCGAUUUCAAAAAACAAAAAAUAUGUUAUGAUCUACCUUAUUAACUUAUUAUCCUUAUUUGAAGACGAUAAAAUAUUCCAAGCACUGAAAAAAAAAUUAAAACCUAGAUAAUUAAGGCAAGCUUUUCGAUAUACACUAUGAUUAGAUGCAAUCAAAAUGUGCCUUAUAAAGCAAUCAUCAUUAAUGGACAUAACGAACCCAUAACUAAUGAAAAUCUGAGGACGGAAUCUCGAUGAUUCGGUGAUGUUUUACCGUAAUCACAUUAUAAUAUGACCUUAACAUUGAUGCUGAUGAUGUACUUAACAUGAUGAUGGUAUUAAUCGGCGUUUUGAUUGUAUCUGCAUGUGAUUGGGAUGGAGAUUUAGAACGAGUAUUCGUGAAAAGUAAACAAUGAUAAUUUACCUACUUUAUAAAAAUAUUGCUACAGCCUUUCAGCGGUUUUUAACAUCCCCAAUUUUUGAAACUGAGCUUUCAAGUGACGAUAAAUAUCAUAAUUGUCAUUAGAGCAACAAAUUAAGUCCAGCUGAUGGUAAACAGUCAUUUAACUUAAAUUAUAUAUUUAAUCAAAAGUAUUGUUUCCUUGCUAUCAAUGUAACAUGCUUAAUACAGUCGGAAAAAUGAAAGAAUACCCAUGAACGAUCACAUCAAUCACUUAUUUUGUAUUUGCAGUCUUUUUCUAUAAAUAACAACCGUUUGUUAUAUAGAAAAAGAUAGCAAAUACAAAAUAAGUGAUUGAUGCGAUCGUUCAUGGGUAUUCUUUCAUUUUUCCGACUGUACCUUUAUGUAAUAACAAAUUUUGAUGGCCCACUAAUAAGAACACGUAAGACACAAGGGAAGUGUGGCAUAAUAGAAAAUGGUGGUCCUGUGGAGACGGCAUGGGAAGAAGAAAAUUUAAUAAAAUAGACACAUUAUACUUGUAAAAAGAAAGACAUAGGUAAACACCAUAGUAUUCACUGACAAGCAUUAUAGGAUACAUACCAAUUAUUUAAUAAUUUUUGCUCUAUUUUCGGAAAAGAUAUUCGUCAAAUUUUAAGAAUUACAAUCCGACAAGUUUAAAAAUUUAAAGGUGGAUAUCUCUGGAAUUGUGCACGGUGACAUCUUUAAACAGAGCAAUUUUAAUGGAAAUGUUGAAGAAGUUUUAAGAGAUUCGAACCACUGUCACCCUAAAGAUAACAACCUGUUCUCCUGUUAACCUUUUAGGUAUAUUUAUAAAACAGCUGAGUUUGAAGAAUAAGUUAUGAACUGAAUCGAUUUCAACCAGAUAUGCUAACAGGUUUAUGAUCUACAGACUAUGCGUUAAAUAGAUAAAAUUUUUGAUGGAAACAAAGAAAGAUCUUCAAGUCUACUCUACUAUUCUAGUUUCUUCUUCUAUCAAUGAGUUUUGAUGAGAAUUAAGCAUUUUCUUUACUUUUCAUCGUCCAUUAAAGUUGGUGAGCACUACAUCUAACUCUUCUCUUACAAAUAAAUGCUGCGAUGAUUAUAUUUUGGAUACUAUGUUAUCCCCUAUUUUGUGUUGAUAAAGAUUUAUAAAUUGAUUUAUUUUUCAGUAUCUUCUUCUUCUGAUAUUUUGUCCUUUAUUUUUGUCUCCUUCCAGAUUUCCUUAUGUUCUCACGUGUUUUGAAGAAGUCUACGUUUACAGUAUAGUUGCAUUUAGAUAUUCCCCUCCAUUUUGCUGGUAUUUGCUUUAUUUGCUUGUUCAUUCAACUGAUUUGCGUUUCAGGUUCCAUUUCUUUGUAAUUUUUUAAAAUUCAGAUGCAUUUGCCAGUUAUAUAUUACAGCUUAGCUUAUUACAGUACUUAGCUUCCUGAACAUAUAAAAGAAACAACGCUUAAUUUUUGGAGUUGCAUUCCACUCCUUCUCUUCUUCUUCUUACAUCAAGCGAGAUUCAACGUGUCUACGGUACUUGGUUGUAAGACCUUUGCCCUUUUUAUUAAACUUCGUCAAGAAUUCCUGUACUCUACUGACUAUCGUCAGCUCUUGUCUGCUAGGAAUGGUUAGGGUUGGUGCCUAAAGUGCUUUUCAUUUUUUAUUAUAAGUCUGGUCAAUCCAUUGUCAGAUAUUGUUUAUAGCUUCAGUUUCAAUGUUCCUUGCAGAAUGAUACUGCACCCUCAAAGAUUCUUCGGGAGACAUGUUGCCAGUAAGUUUGUUAAUUUGUUCCCUUGGGAUACUUUAAGUUUCCAUAUACCUACAUAUAUCUAGUAUCUUAUACCAAUUUAUUUAAGACAUCUUUUCAUAGUUUCAACGGUGCUGAUUAUGUUUACAAAUAUUUUAGCCUGGAAGAUAACUACUGUAGCAUUCGCUAAAUUUAGAUGUCUUUUUAAGCACUCCUGAUCUUGUUAGGUUCUAGGAUCUAAGUUAGAUUAGGUUCAAGUCCUUGCACUUGAACCAGGAAGUCUAUUAUGACUCAUUUCUAGGUUAAAGUUGUCUUUUCAGCCUAGUCUCUUUAAGAAAGUCUAUUUUGACAUUUGGUGAUACUCCUGAUGAUGUGAUUUGGUGAUACUCUUCAGCCUGACAAAACGUGCAACUCGCACUUUCUAUCAGUCAAAUUUUGUUCAUAUACCUCUUGAGUUUACAGUGUCCUGUUAGGAGACCAAAGAUAAUUCGCAGAUCAUUCCUAUUCAUAUCUAGCAGAUCUUUGGAUCUCUUUUUUGAAGAUUCAUGUAUAAUAACCUUCGAAAAUUUAACAUCUAUUUGUUCGUACGAGUCGUACGAGUAGUUACAUUUCAUCUGUUUCACGCAGUUUGAUAUUGUUCUUUUGGCUGUACUUGCUAUCCCAAUGACAGGACGUUUUUGAUCCUCUCCAAGUAAGUAGUUUCGUUUUUCGUUCCAUUCAAUAGCAGUAUGUCCAGACACCCAGAGUAAACUUACUUUGUUUUUUUUUAGAUCAGAAUAGAAGCUGAAGACAGUUCCAAAGUAACUAGGAGUCAAUUAUAUUCAAUUUAAGUACCUACAAUGCUUUCUGGCUAUCCGAUGUCAUUUGUAUAGAUCUGUCCCUGCAGUUUUUCUUCAUUAGUUCCUACAGGCCUAUCUCCAUAGCAUAAUUUGCUUGGAAGUUAGUAUCAUUAGUGAUUACUUAGGCUUUUAUUAAGGCCUUAUCCUUAUAUUAUUUAAACUUAUAUUUCCUCCGCAUAAUCCAGCUAAUAAUACCAGCAUUGAUCUGCUAUUUAUAUAUAAGUUUUUUUGGAUAGUUCCUUUUCUAUUGGCAAAGACUGUAAGACUUGUACACACUUCUAAGUAGGUCAAAACGGCAAACAGGUGUAUGUUCUCAAAAAAAUUUUUGAUAGUGUGUAAAAAAAGUUUUAUUAUCAGCUAAGCACUUUCAACACAUAACGUGCCAUCAUCAGAGCUUCCUAAAAGAACAUUUAAGAUAAGACAACGUAGAAUGAAGUAAACACUUCUGUUGUAUAUAGGUAUAUUAUAAAUUUAUUAAAAAAUUUUUUUAAAAUUCAUCCACAAGGGAGUGGUUGUACAAAACGUUUUCGGUCAAACUGACCAUCCUCAGUGUAAACCUGGAAAUAAGUGAACCACUUAGAUAGAAAUGCAAAAGGGUGAAAUUUUGACAGUUAAAAAAAGAAAAUGUGGUUACUUACGUCCAGUGUACAAGUAAUUGAAACUAGCCACUUGAAUAGGUGUAAAACCUCAAAAUAACAUUAUUGCUACAUUAUGAGCUGUAUAGUAAUCGACAAUAAGUCGAUGUAUUAAGAUUAAAAAUGUAUCACAUGUGGAUGUAUGUCAUCCUUGCUCGGAAUUAGCACAAGGUUGUGAUCAGGUGAGAGGUUAACAACCAACUGAUUAGACAGAUUGGUGCCUGAAAAUUCAUGACAAGAUGUCAAAGAAGAUAGGUGGAUUUCUCAAAUGUCAACCGAAAAUUUUUGACAAUGUGCAUUAAUAUUUAACUUAAUUAUUCAAUUGUGAAUAUGCAACUAUUAAAUUUGUUUGAUAUGAAUUCUAAAUUGUAAAUAAAGGUUAAUAAGCUAUAAUAAUAUAUUCAUUAGUGCACCGUAAACAAAAGCAAAAUUCUACUCAUAUGCUGUGACGUCAUAGACUGUUUGUCUACUGUAUAGGACUGAUAAUAAUUAUAUUAAUUUGAGCAAAGUUAUAAUGAAUGAAUAUUAUUGAAAAUUAUAUAGAAAAUUUUUAAAAUUUUUUUAUCAAAAUAUGAUAUUUUAAUAGAGUAGCAGCUGUAGAAUUGGAAGAAAUGCCAAUAGGGAAUGGUCGGUUGCAUAUGUUUCAGGGAACCAACGAAUAUAAUGAGAAAAUACCAAUCUAUAGAUCUGUAAUGUGAAUUAUUGGAGGUAUUAAAGGAAAUGAUAUUAAAAGAGGGAAGUGGAAUUGAAAAAAUGUAUGUACAUAUCUUAAUCAAGAAAUCUUCUCUAAAAAUAUUUUGUUAUGACUGAAUGUAAAAAGUUUGUCCCAUAUAGAACUAUUGAAAAUCUAAAUUUAGAAAAAUUAUUAAAAAAGGUGAUAAGGUAAGUUGCCUAUGUUCAGUGGACAAAUAAAUGAAAUAUAAUUACUGUUUUGAAAUUAAAUUGUGUGAAUUGUUAAAUGGAUAAAGACUGAUAUUAAAUUAGGAAAACUGCGCUGAAAGAAAUGUACAUGUUUUGAUCAAAGAAGAAAAUUAAUUUUGAUUGUAAGCUCUAAAUGUAAAAAGAAUAUGUCACAUAUUAAACUAUUGAAAUUCUAGAUUGAAUAUUGUAUUGACCAAAGUUGGUAUAAAGUAAAUUUAUUAAAUGUUGAUAGCUGAGAUUUAUUUUUUAAUUUGAAUCUAAAUGAAAAAUAGAGUGAAUCAAUUAAAAUGUUGGAAAUUCAACAAAAUUUUUGGUUAUUGUCUAUAUUAGAAUGUCAUAUCCGAAAAGAUCAAGGGUUCCAUGGUGUGAUUUUGAUAUAAUGAGAAAAUGAUUUUGUUAAGUGAAAAUAAUUAAAGAAUGAGAUGGAAGAGAUAGAGUCUUGACAGGAGCACAGAGUGAAAAAAACUGGAAGAUACUAAAAGAAUAUUUGAUUAGGUAUAAUGUUUGGGUUUUUUGUUUAUUUUGGGUUUGUAGUGGUAUGUAUAGGAAAGAAGGCCAAUGUGAAGGUGAAUAAAAAUAUAGAAUUAUGGAAAUAAUUGUCUAUGAAUGGGGGUGAAAUCACGGUUAAGAGAAAGUUGACGGUUAACACAGUUUGGACUUGUCCUUGCGUCCCUGACAAUCUCUAAAUCCUCAUAUAGGUCUAAACGAAGGGUAUUCUUAUCUUGGAUGUUAUGAAUCAAAGUCACACCAUCUGGGAUGUUAAGGUGGUGUUUGUUGACUUUGAGAUGGUGAGAGAAAGCUGAUGUAUUGUCACGUUUAGUGUGCUCUGCUGCUCUAGUAGAUAGUGAUCUAUAGGUUCUUCCUACAUAAGAGGCAUCACACCAGGGGUUUACCCUUUUAAAGUUUUAUUUAAGAUAAGAUUUUUUUAUAAAAAAAGAUUGAAAAACUUACGUCCUCUUAUGAAACCUUCAUAGAAGAGAAAUUGCUAAUCGACACAAUAAAAAACAUGGAUACUGGGCAAAAGCCACAGAUAUCGGGUAUAACAACCCCUUAAAAUGAAUAAUUUCACAUCUAAAUUCUUUUUUAUUUUAAAAAGACAACAUGGCGAGUCAAACUUGAACUUCUCUUCUAACUAUGGUUCUUCUACGUAAACGAUCACGAAAGGUAAUUUGAAAAGACAAUAAAGAUUAUUUGUAAUAAAUACCAAAAAUUCGCUGGUUAUAGAUAUCCCGAAUUAAAAAAAAAUAAUACCGUACCAUACCAUAAUACAGAUGUCUAGAUUUCUUUCACCAACAUGUUCAACGAAGAUAAAUACAAAUGAUUUAGUAUUUACGCAAGAAAUAGAAGAUGUGUGAUGGAUGAAAACGAGGAUAUGGCUGCUUAAACUGUUGAGGUAUCCUUUUCAAUAUUUAACAAGUACAUUCAUUGACACACUCUAAAAUAAUAUAAAGUAGGUAAAACUGUAUUUGUUUAUUUUCUAACGUCAAUUUACAUAAAUCAAUUGCUUUGUAGAAGCUGUUAAAACUGCGUAACAAAAUAAUACAACUAACUCAUAUUUCUAGAUCUCCUACCCAACAUUAAAAAUAUAUUGUAACUCUUCUUUUACGUAAUUAUUUGUAUAAUAAAUGCACUGUACCAAAUGCAUUUUUAUAUUGUAUGUUAUUAUGACAUUUUACCUAAGACAAUUUGUAAUUAUUUUUUAUUUUGUACAUAAAAAUUUUCAGAUAAUCCAUUAGUCGUGAUUAUUGUAAUAAUUUAUUUAUUGUGUGUAUAACGAGAAUAUAUCGAGUGAAUGGUUUAGAUUCUUGUAUAUUUUCCUUCAUUUUUUUUUUUGUUAAAUCGUUCUGUUUAUUUUUUUAAUAGAAAAAUAUACAAGUUGAAUACAUCUGCAAUGUGAAGUGUACUCUUUGAUAAAUAUUAUAAUUUUGCGACCACUUUGUAACAGUUAUGUUGGAAUCAAAUUGUUUAAUAUUAUUCUUUUGUUCCUUCUGUAUCCUAAAAAAGCAUUAGGUAUUUUAUUUUCAGAUUAACAUGCUUUUCAACUGUUUGCGCAGUAGGUACUUUUCUCUCAAUGUCGCUUUCCAGUUAUUUCUAAAACAUAAUUUUUCCGGGCUCUCUGGUGAUAUUUUCAGUCUAUUGGUAUAUUUCAAAUAUGUUUUAGUCAGCCUUGGUAUAACUUGUUGCCAGUGUUCUUUUAUCUCAUUGUUGGUUUCCAAUUUUGUGCUUGUUUCUGUAUUAUGUCUUCACCUAUUCUGUUUACAUUGUUAUCCUAUGUAAAUUAUUUAGAGAAUAUAUUCCCAAACAUCGUCAUAUUUCAUUUCUCUUUCUCUCUCUCACUCUCUCCCUCUCUCUUUCUCUAUCUCUCUAUAUCUCUCACUCUCUUUCCCUCUCCCUUUCUCUUUGCAACUUCAGAACCCUUCAUGUGUAUUUGCUGCUUUACGACUUACCUCUACCUACUUCGGUGAAUCAUAUUCUCUCUCCAGUUCAGUUGUGAGAAUGUUAUCGCUUCAUCUGAGUCUAGAUCUGCCUGUGGGUUUCCCGUCGAUGGGAUUUUCUUUCCAUAUCUGUUUGGCAAGGUUUGGUUGGUUAUAGAAAGUUUCCAGUAGCAGAUACAGCUACCAUCUACUGACACUAUGUUGAUGUGGAUCGGCCACUAUUGCAUCUACACUUCACUUUCAUAGCCUUUCCCUGUCGUCAGUUUACGGCGAUUAGCUUUUUUCCAUUAAUUCGGGAAUACGUGAGCUGCCUUUUUUAUAUUGUAUUGCCUUUACUCCCUUAUUGUCAUGUCUUAUUCCAGAGAUACAAAGACGUCAUUUGCGAUGUCUUGUUGAUUAGGAGGAAGUUUGAUCUAGUAUACUAUGCCAAGAUGAUGCAAAUACUACAAGAAGCAGGAAUUAACAACCAAGAUCUUAAAGUAUCUGCCCUCGCAGCAUUAUUGUAAAUCGGUGGAAUUUUCUUGACUUAUAAUACCUGCCACAGCUUGGCUAAUGAUACGCUCUCAUACGCCUUUUGAAAAUCGAUAAAUACCAUAUGUGUGUCUUCAUAUUGUGUUCCAAGCGCGUUUCUGUUGCUUGCUUUAGACAGAACACAUUAGAUAUUUAUACAAGAACGACCAGUACGGAAGACACUGUGAUCUUCAGCGUCUUCCCAAUAAUCUUCAAUUUUGCUUUUAAUUAUCUUCCCGUACAUUCUACAAAUUGAGUUGGUUAUACAUACUAAGCCCUCGGUAGUUCUUACAAUCCUUUCUGUCGCCUUUAUUUUUGUAUAAAUUGCUGAUAUAUUCAGUUUUCCAUUCUGAGGCUCUUCACCUCUUAAAAAUCAAUUAAAGCCUUCCCAUAUUUCAUAAAGUUGCCGUAUUUUUAAUUUCUUCAGGUAUUAUUUGAGUUUCUUCGAUGUAGGAAAAUCAUAUUUUUGUAGCCAUUAUCUUGGAGUUCUGCUCGAAAUUCUGACAGCAUUUGCUCAUAAUAUUAAACCCAUCACUCCGUGGAUAUUAGAGUUGACCUACUGCGUUCUUCUCUAUCUGUUCUUCUUCAUGUGCCAUAUCAGAAUUAUGAAUUAUCUGACGUUAGCGAUCACCAUUGCGAAGGCUUCCCGGUCUUCUGCAACAUAAAACAUUGUCCUGCAUUUGAUAUCUGAUAUCAAAAGUUGAUAUCCAUCCACGAACGUUUUUUAACCAAGAAACUUGUUUUCUUUCUACACUUGUAACUCUUUUGCAUUUAUGGAUCAGUUGUAGUAUUCUAUAUCAAUUCCCCCUCACUAUAUGUCCCAGAUAAGGCAUUUUCCGGUGUUUAAUAAUCUUUGGCAGUCUCUAUCUAUGUUGCUCAUCCUUAGUACUUCCUCAUUAGUUUUUCUUGCUGCUCAAGGUAUCUUCACAAUCCAUCUGUGAAUUCACAUUUCCAUUGCUUAAAUUCUGCUAUCUUUUUUACUAUAGCUCUAAUUGUUUUUCAGGCUUUUCUACUUCUUACGAUACCCAUUUUCUACGUUAUCGAAAGCUUUAUUCCACAUCUUAUUUUUAGCUUUAAUCUAAUUAAUGGUAUGUUUACAUGUUAUUUCCUCUGAAAAUUACGACAUUACCAAUGGACUAUUUUCCUACACAAAAAGCACAUUCUUGCUCAAUUAUUUGUAGAAUGAGCUUCAUUGAAGUACAACAAGUAUACAACAUUUAUUAUAUUGCGUUAAGCUGUUUUAUUUGUAAAAUAAUAUUGAUUUAUAAUGAAUUGACAUUACUAAUUUUACAUUCUUCCUACCUCAACUUGUAUAUUUUUCAAACUUUGCUUAAAACAUAUGAGUGAAUGUGAUUUGUAAGUUUGUUAGAGAUUGUACAGUAUUAUCAUUAUAUCAGUAAGAAAGCAGUUGUAUUCCAUAUUUAUUGUAUCAUUGAACUAAAAGCUGAAAAAGCCCAAUUUUCACCAGCAAAACAGUAUCGAAUAUGAUCAUUAUUUGUGCUUAUUAACAUAUUUUAAAGUAAAUGUCUCUAGAAAGUUAAAUUGAUUUUGAAAAUCCGGUGGAAGCUGCAAAGGUGGAGAAUGGGCAAGAAGAUUGGAAUUUUGUAAGCAUUUCUUGAUUCACAAAUUUAAAAAAAAUCUAUUUUAGUUUGCGUAGAUUAUUUUGACUUUUAUCAAUUCAAAAGAAAAUCUUUUUACAUAUAUUUAGUAAGUUUAGUAACUCGUAUGUAAAUCUUUCCAAGCUCCUCCAUUGAUUCCCAGUACGUCACUAAUAUCUAAUAUUAUGCAGAAUUUUUGGUGCUGGUCACCAUUUUAUGGUUUCUUUUGCGCUCUGUUUCAUACGAGUCGUAUGUAUAUCAUUUUUGAUUUAAGUAUAUCCAACAUACUGAUGAAUUUCCUCUUAAUGUCUUACAGUACAUGUGUCCUUCUAUUAUCCUAAUACUAGAACCAAGGGAAAUGUAGGUGCUAUAUCUGUUAGGUUUCACACAUUCUUUGCUGGUCAUGAUGACCUAUAUAUUAUUAUUUUUGUCAGUUUUUAAUCUGCUACUGCUUACCUUUCUCUACUCGCCUUCUAAUCACUGCAUUGUCUGCUAAACACUGCACUAAUAUAGUACUAUCCGAAUAUUUUUAAAGAUUAUUCCUUUAGGUUACAUCUGAAAAGGCGCAUGCUCGUUUUUCAUAGAUAUUACUAUCACCGUAACCUUAAAGGGAUUCAAUAGAAAUACUUGUGAUUUUGCACAUCUUUUCAAUCUUACUCUUACAGUGAUUAACUUCUUUUGCCGAAUCCUCGAAUUCUCAUUUCAUAUGUAUUGAUUUAUUCGAAAAAGAUAUUUGCAGAAUAUUGAAUUUAUUUACUACUACUAAUCCUAUUAUUCAUCAAAAGACUGCAUUAACUUGAACAUAAAAUGAAAAAAGAUCGUAGAAAUAUGCUCUUUUCUAGAAUAUCGUCCAGAAAAAAUUUUAAGAAACAGAACCAUAAGGAAAAGAACAAUCGCAUAGCUUUUGUUUGCCGAUUUCCACGAUUACCACAAGUAUACCUAUUGUUAAGAAUAAUAUUAUUACAAAAAUUAAUAUCAGGCUCACCAGGCUUCCAGGUCUCACCGGAUCAAUUUUUACUAAACCGAGCUUUUGACAUCCUUUCUAGUAUCUUCUUCAUGGCUUCCAGGGUCUCAGUCUUCUGAUCCUUAAAUCUCUUGACUGCACUGUUCUAAAUUGGAACGGCAAAAAAUUUAACCAUCCGCUGGACCUUAGCAGCAAUAAUGCAGUGAGUAGUGAACUGUAUAUGAGGUCUGGGGCUCAGGAAAUUAAGAACCAGACCCUGAAGAAGACAUCAGAGUAGACGUCGAAAGCUUGGUGUAGUGAAAAUCGACUCGAUUUAUCCCGGAAGCCUGGUUAUUUUGAUAUUAAGCUUUGUAAUAAUUCCCCUCAUUCAUUUCCUUUUUUAUUUCAGUUCCCCAACUGGUCUUCGGUCUUCCUCGUUUCCUUCUUUCUGCGGGUUUAAACACUACUUGAAAAAGCCAAACUUUAAAACGCAGAAGGCCCUGAAGAAGAAGAAUAUUAAAAAUAUUGUCAGUGUGCAGUCUUACCAGAAAAUGGUUAACCUACAAAAUAUACAUCGAAAGAUAUUAUAUUUUAUUUAGUUUUUAGACAAUACAGAGCCCCAUCUACGGUUUUUUUACAGUAACUUACCUUUAUCUUUUCGUUGUGUCCGCCAAAAACAACUAAACUUUGGUUGUUUUCAACUUUGUCUUGUACUGCUACUCACCAUAUUUUUAUAUUUUGCAUCUUAUCCUUGGUAUUUUGUUAUCAGGGACAUGGAGUACCUAAGUUUUUUUUAUCUUUCAACCACAUUUUUAACAUUGUUUGUGUUAUACGUAUACUUAAGCAUACCUAUAUAACAGAUAGUAAUACCUAAUAAGGAAUUUGUUUUGUAUUGAUACGAAGUAAAAAAAACGUCUUGCAUUAUAAUUUGGUUUAUUUUAUUGUAAAUUCCAAUCUCAACGUAAAACUAUAUCUAGUUCCUAGAAAUCAUUUUAAGAAUAUAAAUGUUUAAAAUUAAUAGACAUCAAAAAUAACCCUAGAUCUAGUUUAUGUGUCGUCAACAUAUCAAUCUGUAAUGUGCUUCGAAUUUCAGCUAAGUUGAAUAAAAAAUAAAUCUUACAUUUAAAA